CUUGCUUUAUGCUCCCGAAAAGGAUUUGGAUCACAAUAACUAACGUGUACAUACAUAAUAUGAAACUAGGACACCCGAGGAGAGCUCUGUUCAACGACUGCAAUGCCGAUUUACGUCCCCCUCCCUGUCCCGGCUCACCUACAUGAGGCUGCACCACCUUCAGCACUUGCCGAGAAGCAGCAGAUUUUAUAUGAUCGUGUCCUUGAGCAUUUCUCUGCCGCAGACUAUACCCUUCGAGAUAUCGACCAGGAGAAGGCUGCACUGACAGUGGAAGAAAAGUUUUGGUUGUCAUACGAAUGUCUUCUGAGAUAUCUACGUGCGACCAACUGGGAUACAAAUGCGGCCAUCAAGCGCUUGGAAGAUACUCUCAAGUGGAGACGUGAUUUCGGGAUCUAUGACAAAAUCACUGCUGAACAUGUCGAACCAGAGGCAACGAUCGGCAAAGGGUUUAUCUUCGGCUACGACACUCACGGUCGACCUGCCGCCUAUGUGAGCCCUUCGAAGAUGAGUGUCGAAGAGUCACCCCGUACAGCUCAGUACAUUAUCUGGAUGCUCGAACGCUCCAUUGAUCUUAUGGGACCAGGUGUUGAGACCCUUGCGAUACUGGCAGAUUAUGCAGACAACACCGGGAACCCAUCAUUUGGCCUGGUCCGCACAGUGCUCGAUAUCAUUCAAACGCACUAUCCAGAACGCCUCGGCCUUGCGCUGGUUGCACAUCUUCCCUGGUUUUUGAAUGCAUUUUUCAAAUUAAUCAUGCCUUUCAUGGAUUCUUUCACUCGGCAAAAGUUGGUCUUCAAUCCUGUCAUCAACGAGAAUGGAGUCUUCCGGACGGUUGCGGAUACUGAAGCUUGGAGUGCUGGCAGUGCCACAUCACGGGUAUUCGAGCCGGAGCAGCUUAUCCAGGAGGGUUGGAAUGGCUCCCAGCAGUUUGUAUAUUCCCAUGCCAUGUAUUGGGAAGCGCUCGUGAAGCUCUGUGAGGAGAGGCGCUCCAGGAUGGUCGCGAUGUGGCAUCGCAUUGGGGGAGAAGUUGGUACCAAGGAAUGGGACGUGAAGGUUGCUAUCAGAGAAGACAAUGCGGACACGCAGAAGGAUGUGGAUGAAGUGCUGAUGGAGAAUGACCAGCUUUAGUUGUGAGGCCUCGAGGGAGCAGUCGCGCAUUCAUCGCCUAUUUAUUUUUGUCUACUAACGGGCUGGCGUCUACUCUACGAUACACACGUGUACUUGGCUGUUUUACAAUGUACAUAGACAUGCU